AUGCACAUUUUAGCAGCGCUGAUCGUUUUGGUGGAUUUAUUCGAAGCAGUGAUUUAUGUGUCGAAAAGUCCAUGCUUUCAUCAAGACUGUGACCCGAAAUGUGAAGUGGUGGAUGAAUGCAAAAGUAAUAAAGCAUGUGCCAAGUUGCUCGGCCUAUUGUUAUCCAAAAUCCGUAAAGAGCUGAGUAAAGUUGAUGUGAAGAUGACUGUCAAAUUCCUCUAUCCGCAUCUGAACCGUGGUGACCUUUAUACAAAGCAGGGUAUUCUCUGUAUGCUGCAAGCUGGCAUAAAGGUCGAACCAUUAUUGCUUAAGGACUGGUCAGCGGUUAUGGACUGGACACCUCACGCAGAUCACAAAGGAGAAUAUUUGCAGGUAAAAAUUUCAUCAACUCGGCAGGUUUUUUUGCCCAGUUAG